AUGCCACCGCAGUCUGCAGCACUAGAGUGCAACAACGAUCCCCACGAGAAGAUUCAGGUCUUCUCCUUCGCAGCUCAACAGCUGCGGAUCAAUAACUAUCUCGACGGCGUGUACUAUAUCUGGCAAAGCACUGGUGCCGAGACGCUCAGCAGGGACUGA